AUGUGUCCUGAACGGUCUCCACACUUGCCCACGGAAGCAUGCAGCACCUUGAUUAACAUGUCAAAGGAAUGCCACAAAAACCACAGCGUUCUGAAAUUUUUUGGUCACUGCCAGGAUCUUGAGGAGGAGGUGAGCAAAUGCCUGAAAGAUGAGGACGUGGAAAAGAGGACCAGGAGCAGGGAGCAUGGCAAUAUGAUGUGA